AUGACCGUCGUCGCAACCAUCAAGUGUGUCGUCGUCGGUGACGGUGCUGUGGGCAAGACGUGCCUCCUCAUCAGCUACACGACCAACAAAUUCCCCUCGGAAUAUGUCCCUACCGUCUUCGACAAUUAUGCCGUCACCGUCAUGAUUGGCGACGAGCCCUACACACUCGGCUUGUUCGACACGGCUGGACAAGAAGAUUACGACAGACUUCGACCCCUCUCCUACCCUCAGACCGACGUCUUCCUCGUCUGCUUCAGCGUCACAUCCCCCGCCUCGUUCGAGAACGUCCGCGAGAAAUGGUUCCCCGAGGUGCACCACCACUGCCCCGGCGUCCCGUGCCUCAUCGUCGGUACCCAGGUGGACUUGCGCGAUGACCCCAGUGUCAGGGAGAAGUUGUCGAGGCAGAAGAUGUCACCCGUCAGGAGAGAGGAUGGCGAGCGUAUGGCCAAGGACCUCGGUGCCGUGAAAUACGUCGAGUGCAGCGCGCUCACGCAAUUCAAGCUAAAGGAUGUCUUCGAUGAGGCCAUCGUCGCCGCGCUUGAGCCGCCCAUGCCUAAGAAGAAGUCGCACAAGUGCCUGAUCCUAUAA